AGGGGCGAUUUCAGCGACGAUUUCCGGCGAUUUGAGGCGUUUUCCGACAGAUUUCAACCAAAUACCAAACAUAUUUCGAUGGCAUCUGCAAGUUCUGAACAACAGUUAUGUUAUGGACCUGAGGAUCCAUCCGUACUGUUUCAUCAAAACGAACAUAUUUCAGCCUCAUUGUUGGCGAAUGGCACAACAAAUGUGUUCAGAGUUCGUAGGACGGAGAGUAAGGUUUGGGCAUUGCCAAUACAUGAAGAUGUGAUGCAUUGGCUUGAUGUUUGGGGGUUCAGAGGUGUGAUUGAAUGUGGAAGGCCAAGAAGGAUGGACAAUGACCUAAUAACUGCAUUGAUCGAGCGAUGGAGGCCUGAGACCCACUGUUUCCACCUUCCAGUUGGUGAGGUAACCGUAACCUUACAGGAUGUGCAAAACCUGUGGGGUUUGAGAGCAGACGGUCGUGUUUUCACUGGCUGUGAGGUAACAGUGUCGUACCUAGUUCAACCUGUGACACAGUCAACGGUUGGGAUGAACGAGUCAGCAUCUUCUAUGAUGAAAUUGGUCGAGACCAUUCAGGGGAUAUGGCAUUUGACCUCUGAACACGACACAGACCCUCGAUUACGGCAGAUUCGUGCAAUGGCUGCUGAUGCGCUUCGUACGACGGACCAUACUGAUGUGAUGGAGUAUCCAACAUCGCAACGGCGAAAUGUGGUCAUGCCGCCACGCCCACCAACUUCUCUUCGUCAUGGACUGCCGGGUGUCCGGACGGGAGGACACGGGAUUACACGACAGCAUAGGUUGUCGCAGCAGCAACCUCCGCAACCUGAUUAUGCGGUACCAGAGCCCUUGAGUCCGGAGCACGAUCCCCCAGGAUGGUCUCAGUUGAGUGGUGCAAGCCAUGAGCCCUCGCAAUGGGGAGCACGGGCAUCAUGUGAUUCGUUCUUUGGCGGUGGGUCUGAUUGGGGUGCAACUCAACCAGGGCGUGAUUCAUACUUUCAAAAUUAUCAAUUUGUUGAUCCUGUGGGGGAAGAAGAGGGCGGGGAAGAAGAAGAAGAAGAGGGCGGGGAAGAAGAAGAAGUCGGCGGGGAAGAAGAAGACGAAGUAAUAUUCCGACGAACGUCCGAGGGAUCCUCACGACCAGCUAUGAAGAGUUCAUCAAGUACGAUUGGGAGGGCUAUGCACAAUGUAUUAAGGGGAUUGUCAACAAGGAAGAACAAAGGGAAAGCUCCGACAAAGUUCACGCCUUCAUCUAGAUAGCUUUCGAAUGUGAUUCGUUCUUUCGGAAUGUUCGUAAGUUGUUUUUUGAACAAUUUUUGAUGUGAUGAAACAGGUUGGU